AUGAGCGGGGACAUAAACCACUUAUUGGACCCAAUAUUAGACUCAACUAGGCCACCCACGUCGCCCCACUACAAAACCCUGAAAAAACAAAGUAGAAGCCUCAGGAACCUACUAGCCACAUAUGGACUGAGAGACGUGUGGAGAGCCCUCCACCCGGCAGAAAGAGCCUACACGCACCACUCCAAAGUACAUAACAAAUACUCUAGAAUUGACGGAUGCUUCAUGCAUGAAUCCACAAUGUCCAACAUAAUGGAAUGUGACAUUCUAAAUGUUGACUGGUCAGAUCAUGCACCAACGACAUUAACAUUAGCGAGCUCAUACGAAUACAAACACAGAAACCCAUGGCGUCUCAAUGACUAUCUACUCAAAGACACACAAUACUGCAAAACCCUAGAAAACGAACUCCACAACUACUUUACCACUAAUGCCUCAAAUGACCUGAACUCCCACACGAUCUGGCUUGCACACAAAGCAGUAUUAAGGGGCACACUGAUAAGCAGAUCUAAAAAAACGAUCAGAAAAAGAAACAACACAAUACAAGCAACAACUG